AUGCCCUCUAGCAGUGAGGAUGAGGAUUCCAAUAUUAAUGUUAUUCCCAUGGAGAACUUUGUCAGCGAUGGAGAUAUGAGUACCUGGCCUGGGAAUAAUUACUCUGAACGCUCCGAUGCUCGCUGGCGGGAAUUACUUGCUGAGAAUUGGCUCAAGGCUAUGGGUACUUUUGAAGAGGGUGUCAUUCAUACCAUUGAAAAGUUGCCUGAUGGAUACUGCCUUUUCGAGCGACCUCGUGGGACCAAUCCUUCAAUGUUUGAUCCUUUUCUCUUUGGCCACCCGAGCGGUCGGUAUUUUCAGUCACAAAUCACUUUCUUGCCCCAUUUCCUGUCUCUAGUCAAGAACGAGCUGGACAAGUGUAAAUGCAAGCUUUGUGCUCCAAUAAAAACGACCCAGGGAACAUCAGUGCCGGGGAAAUCGGUUCAAAGAACUAAAAGACCUAUGCAACCAAUCGUCAAUGAGCGUCGACCCACCGAUGCAGAGGGACCAGAUUACUGGCGCAUCUUGGUUAUGAAAUUGAAAGAUAAGCAAAAGCUCGAUGAAGAUAUCGAGCAGCGAUUCAACCUCGACUGGGUGUUGACCCACGAAUGGCUUUCUGACUACUUCACGAAACUGAAAAUGGAUCCCGCUUACGUUCCUCGUCGUGGAGAGCUUGUUCUCUGGAUCUGGCAGGGUCUCGAAGAUGGCUGUUUAUUACUCAACCCAAAGACUAGGUUCAUCGAAAUAUUCGGCAACGACAACAAGUGGCAUGGCGUGCCCAACUGGCGUGCCGGUGUGGUGACCCAAACCCCUAAAGAAGAAGAACAUAUGGUGAAUAUCAUUGAAACUCCCGAUAGUCCGCGCGGACUGAGCUACUCUGGUUUCCGUGUGGAGACUCUACCGGAUCCGCUGGGUAAUGACAAGUCUUACUCGGUGCAAUACGCAUAUGUUCCGUUGCGUAACAUCAAACCUUUCAACACAUGGCAAGCCUACCUCAAUGGUCAAAAGCGAGAGGAAACACACCCGUCCAUCGAGAACGCCUUAACCGUGAUGUCGUCCUGGAGCAUGGUGCACAAGUUCCACGUGAUCGGCGAAUGGCCCAACGCCAGGAUCCAAUGCAAGGGAAUCUUCAUUGGGGCCGAACUCCUUGCCGUACACGACACCGUUCGUCUCAGGCCAUAUGGGUUCCAUCAUGACCAGCUUAGAAACGGAACAGUUGGCGAAGUGACGGAGGUGAUGGUCAUUGAGAAAAUCCAACUAUGCCUUUCGGGGUGCACCGACAAUGACCAGGACCAGCUUGCAGAACAUUUCACAGCUCUAAUCUCCGGCAAAGUUUUCACUACGGACCCAAGUCGCAUCUCUCAGGAAGGCCCAUUCAAAGCCACACUUCCAGUGCCGUCCACUGAGGCAGCAACUGAGCCUAUCCCCCUCACCGCAGAAGAAGCAACAGCUACGUUCCGCCAGGUCAGUAUGAGCGACUACGGUCCCUGGUACCGCAUGGCCAAUGGCAAAACCUGUAACGUCUCUCCGCACCUAAUCAUCGGUCGCUGCUACGAACCGCUCGCGGCAGAGCUCAUGUUCGGCACCCACACAUUGGGCUACGACCUAUCCGGUGUGAUGGAAGGCCGUGCGUACUCCUCACAAGUCGAUACACGCAUGGCCAAAAACAACACGUGGUUUUGGGGUGACUGCCGGGUAGAAACGCUCGGCCUGACAGAGAUUAACGGCGUGGAAUGCGGUCUUACGGCGGCGCAGCGCGAAGACCCGCAGAAGUGGCAAGCCAUUAUCAGAAUAUCACACGGCGAAGUCAGUCACGCCCUCCGACGCCAGGCUCAGAUCCCUUCUUCUAGUGGUCGGCCCUUCAAGUCUUCGUCUUCGUCUUCCGCUCCGAGGGGUAGACCGAAGACUGGUCUUGCGCAUGUUGCGCAAAACAGCAAGCUAGUCAGCUCUGCUAUUGGCAGUGCGCCGGAAACUGAGGAUGACUCCUCUGAUGACACCAACGGACCUACUGAUGAUCAAGUGUCUGGCGGUGUCUCCGGGCUGGGACUUCGGGGAGGUCCUUCUUCUGGGGAGGAUAGUGCGGAGGAUUCUCCGUUUGCAUAG